AGUCUUUUAUCCUGGCAGGCUGUUCGAGAUUGUUGUGAGGAGUCUAGCCAGUUGGUGAGCUCUGUAAUCUAAACCAGCUGUCCCCAGACUGAGGCCCCCAUUUGCAUUGUUUAACAUACUUAGAAAAUGAAGUGUUCAUUUUUAACAUUCCUCCUCCAAUUGGUUUAAUGCUGAAUUACAGAAGAGAACUAAGCAAAACCAGGUGCUUUUGCUGUAUUCUCUCCAGUGACUGAAGAGGAGCAGACCUCUCUCUGCCCUGUCUAUAAUUUGAUAUUUCAUUCUUUGGAAUACAAAUGACGGAGGAACUCAAGGGCUAGCAAAACGCUGAUGUUCAGACACUUUUUUUAGUUAUCCAGCAGUGCAGACUCUCUUUUUUCCACCUUUCCUAACCAAUGCUGGACAUGCAAGAAGUAAAGAGGACUCUGACUAUUUUCAUACUGGCAGCCUGCCUUGCACGCCCUGGGAAAGCACAGCAGCAAUGCACUAACGGGUUUGACCUGGACCGUGCCUCUGGGCAAUGCUUAGAUAUUGAUGAAUGUCGGACUAUUCCCGAAGCCUGCAGAGGAGAUAUGGUGUGUGUUAACCAGAAUGGUGGCUAUUUGUGCAUUCCCCGAACAAAUCCAGUUUAUCGAUCACCAUAUCUGAACCCCUAUUCAAAUGUUUAUCCACCACCUCCAGCUUCCAACUACCCCACUGCUACGAGACCUCUGAUGUGUCGGUUUGGCUACCAAAUGGAUGAAAGCAACCAAUGUGUUGAUAUCGAUGAAUGUGCUUCCGAGUCACACCAGUGUAACCCCACCCAGAUCUGCAUAAACACUGAAGGAGGAUACACCUGCUCCUGCACUGAGGGCUAUUGGCUCUUGGAAGGCCAGUGUUUAGACAUAGACGAAUGUCGCUAUGGCUACUGUCAGCAGCUGUGUGCCAAUGUACCUGGUUCCUACUCCUGUACAUGCAAUCCAGGUUUUACCCUUAAUGAUGAUGGAAGAUCAUGCCAAGAUGUGAAUGAAUGUACAGCCCAGAAUCCCUGCGUGCAAAACUGUGUCAACACAUAUGGUUCUUUUCUCUGUCGCUGUGAUCCUGGCUAUGAACUGGAAACUGAUGGAAUUAGCUGCAGCGACAUGGAUGAGUGCAGCUUCUCCGAGUUCCUUUGCCAGCACCAGUGUGUGAAUGAGCCCGGCUCUUACUACUGCUCCUGCCCUCCUGGCUAUAUUAUGCUUGAUGAUAACAGAAGCUGCCAAGAUAUCAAUGAAUGUGAAACUAGAAACUUCACUUGUACUACACAGCAAACCUGUUUCAAUAUCCAAGGAGGAUACAAAUGUCUAGACCCAGUAAAGUGUGAGGAUCCUUAUAUCCAGAUCAAUGACAAUCGCUGCAUGUGUCCAACUGAAAACCCCGGUUGCAGAGACCAACCAUUCACCAUCCUGUACAGAGACAUGGAUGUGGCAUCAGGACGGUCUGUGCCGUCUGACAUCUUCCAAAUGCAAGCAACAACUCGCUACCCUGGUGCCUAUUACAUCUUCCAAAUCAAAUCAGGGAACGAGGGCAGAGAAUUCUACAUGCGGCAAACAGGACCAAUCAGUGCUACUCUAGUGAUGACCCGUCCCGUGAAAGGGCCACGUACCAUUCAGUUGGACUUGGAAAUGAUCACAGUCAAUACUGUCGUUAACUUCAGAGGGAGCUCCGUCAUCCGGCUGAGGAUAUAUGUAUCACAGUACCCAUUCUAAACCUUCACUCCGUGCCCUUUAAACAUUAAAAGCAACAACAAAAAGACAUUCUGCCUUUUUCUGCAGACCUUUUUCUUCAGAAGUCCAUAUACAUAGCAGCUCAAAAUCUAACCAGUGUUACCAUAGACAUAAAGGCCUAUGCCAUCUGAUGAGAGAAGCCUCUUCGUGUACAGUCUUUUUCAGGAUGCAGACAUAUGAACAUGUAUUGUCAGCAGAUCCCGUAUGAUUUUAUAUGUGAUUAUAUGUUUUAAGAACCUUUUUUUGUUGUUGAUUUUAAAAACUUUUCUAGAGUUUGAUUUUAUGCUCCAAAGACUGUGAACCUCCCCACCUCUGUAACUGUAACACUGCUUAGCAAAGGCACCAAACAAACUGAGGAAAAAGCUGGCUUUUGCUAUUUUGCUUUUUUUUUUUCAUUUUAACAGGAAGGUAAACAAACAAAAAAUUCAUCUGUUGAAAAGUGGUAUCAGAGAUGUGCUAACUACCAUUGCCAGCUGUUUAGCUGUUUCUGGAAUUGUCAGUCAUACAGUCUGUCUCAGUUGUCCUUACAUUUGUCUUAGUUCCAUUUGUCCUUUUUUUAUUUGACUUUUUAGUUGAGUCAUUUUAAGUUCCUUCUAAAAUACAUGUUGUACUAUACUUUCUAGGUCUACAAGCCCUCCUUAUUUUUACCAAAUGUCACCUGUAUGGGUUCCUUGCUGUAUUACAUAUUUCUGCAUAAUUGAGUUUAAAGGGACCUAUCACUGGAUCAUGUAUUUUAAAAUAAUUAGGGCUUGAUCCUUAUUUUCACCAAGGCCCUACUCUUUACAGCACCAAUGCGGUAUGAGCAUAAGUUUAUGCUGCCAAAACAAUAAAAGGGGCUUCCGCAUCACUGAUAA